UAAGAAACCCUCGCUGUUGAACUCGAUCUCCGUCCCCAAAUCGCUCUCCCUGAUCCCUAGGGCUUCAUCACCGGAGUGUCCUCCAUGCUCGCCGCCGGUCAAGGCUCCGACAAGAUCUUUGCCGGAGUUCGCUUUGUCCUCUGCGGCUUCGAUUCUGUAUCUGAAGUUCAGUACCGUUCGGAGAUUGUUCGGAGGGGCGGCGUUGAUGUCGGUCGAUAUGAUUCGAAUUGCACUCAUGUGAUUGUUUCUGGUCGAGUUUCUGAUGAUCCUGUUUGUAUUGCGGCGAGGAAAGAUGGGAUAACGCUUGUCUCUGAGCUGUGGGUUGAUGAUUGCAUUGAUUUUGGAACAUUGGCUGAUCCUAACAGGGUAUUGUACAAGCCUGUGAAAGAUUUGAAUGGAAUUCCAGGAAGUGAGUCUUUGACCAUCUGCUUGACUGGGUACCAAAGGCAAGAUCGUGAUGAUAUAAUGAAAUUGGUGUCUUUAAUGGGGGCACGUUUUUCCAAACCUUUGAUCGCAAACCAGGUCACUCAUCUUAUUUGCUACAAGUUUGAGGGUGAGAAAUUUGAACUCGCCAAAAAGGUGGGCAUUAAACUGGUCAAUCAUCGCUGGCUAGAAGACUGUUUGAGAGCAUGGGAAAUUCUUCCAAUAGAUGGCUAUUCAAAAAGUGGCUGGGAGUUGGAGAUUCUGGAGGCUCAGGCUAUGGAUACAGAAGAAGAAUCUGAGGAUGGAGGUAGGGGUGCAAUGCGGAAGAAAAGCAGCACGGGGUCUACUAACUUACAAGGUGGUGUGCCAAUCUCUACCAGUUUGGAUGUGUCUAUUCCAACCAAGGAUGAACUGGACAGAAAUCAAAAUGCUAUAGUGGAUAAGCAGUCACCUAAUUCUCAAGAUCUUCUCAUGAAUGAUAGGUCAUUUAUUACUACUCUGCACAAAGAGUCCAGUAAUAAAAAAUCAAUUGGUGAGAGUUGCCUUAAUAACAAAAUUGUGGAAGAUCUUGAUCAUAAGAAUGAUGCGGGUAUGGAACAAGCAGUUGGUGGCCAUGUCACGGUCUAUGCUCAAAGCAACAAGGAUGUGUCCAUCCAAGGUGAUACAGUUUUGAAAAUGAGGGAGAAGUACUACCUUUUAAUAAAGAGAAACACAAGGAUUUCUCCAAAUCUUGCUGCAACUAAAGAGAGAGGCAGCAUGCUAAAUUAUUCGAGGAGAACAACUCCUAGGAAGUUGGUUUCAGCAGAACCUCUGAGUAACUUAUGUGGAUCACCCCAAGGGAUAUUGGAAGAGAACUUCAUGGUUCACCCGAAUGUUCCACAAUUUGGGCCAGGUGAAUCUAAGCCUCAUUUAAAAUUUGCAGGUGUUACCACCAUGACCGAAGAGGGGCAGUCUCCAUUGUCAAGUUGUGAGGUUAAAUUGCUGAAUCGGGGAUGUCAGGGUUUGGAAGAUCGUGCUAUACAUGGUCCCUUGGCAAGUCCUGUACAGUUUGAACUGAAUGCUGCUCCCUUGGGGGAAGGAAUACAUUAUGAGCUGGGUGCUUCUAAUUCUUUGGAAAAGGCUGCUCAUACUGAAUCAGGGGAACACCAGACUGUGGAUUCAUCAAAUUUUAAGAUAUUAAGCCUCCAGAAGAGAUCUCUUAAACGUGUACAGCCUUUUGAAAAGGCCAAAAUCACAAAUAAUAAAGAUGCUACAUGUGGUGAUUUGUCAAAUUCACCAUCAAAACUGGAGCCAAGUAAGAUUUUGGAUGCUGGGAUGAGCGAACUGCAUGACCUGCCUACUAGAGAAAAAGCAGGUGCAUGUGUUGCAGCUUCUCUCACUGGUGGAAAAGGCCCAUCAGAUUUGACUCAUGUAGGUGAUAACUUGCAGUCCCGAGAUAACAAUAUCCACUUAACAGAUCAACCAAACUGCACAGGGACACUAGUCAUUGAUGGAAGAAUGACAAACAAUAUUUCUGUAAAAGAACAGCCGCUUGGGAACAAUGGAGAUGCCAAUAUUAGUGAAGCAAACAAUGAAAUUAAGGACAUGGAGUUACCACAGAAAGUAAACCACGAUGAAGCACAUCCAAGUAUGGAAAAUGUUGAUACAUGCAAGAAAGAUGAUGCGAAAGCAGCAUCACGCAUGAAAAAGGUUGGUCCAAAGAGAUCGAGUUAUAGAUGCACACUCAGUAAUAAGAGUGGCAAGAAUGACAGAAAUGGCACAAGCUUAGAUAAUAUUGAAUCUUCCUGCAGUUAUAAGAGAAUCUGUAUUUCAAACCAAUCUUCAGAUAAAACAGGACAAGCUGUAAGGUUAAGAGAAGAUCUCAGAAUCGGGAAGGAAAUGGCUGAAGAACAAUCUGAAAAGACAGGCAAUGCAGAAGAUGGGCUAGAAGCUGGGAAGAAAAUUUUUUAUGAGCAGAAUGGUACCAAUCCGGUCCCUGAAGAUGAUAAGAUAAUUGAGGAAGCAAUUGAGGUGGAAAAUAAGGAUGCAGUUGAGGUGGAAAAUAAUUCCGUGUCUGCAAGGAGCAUUCAUAAUGUAGCGAGGGAUAGGAUGGAGAGUUCCAACAGAGAGGCUGAAGGAGCGCACCUACCUAUCUCUGGAACCAAGUCUAUGGAUUUAGAUACAAAUUCUUCUGAUAUAUCCAUGGACUCAGAUAAGGAGAACAAGCCAAUCGAAAAUAUUAAUUGCAAACAUAAAUUGCUUGGCAAAAACAAGAAAAAAUCAUCACAGAGAACUAGAAUUGAUAAUACAAAUGCAUUAAGAUCAACCAAAUGUGCAAAAAUUGAGAAGCCUACACCAGCAUGCUUCAUAUUGAGUGGGCAUCGUCUUCAGAGGAAGGAGUUUCAGAAAGUGAUUAGACAUCUAAAGGGGAGGUUAUGUAGGGAUUCUCAUCAAUGGUCUUACCAAGCUACACAUUUUAUUGUUCCAGAUCCUGUUCGCAGAACUGAAAAAUUUUUUGCAGCUGCUGCAUCUGGAAGAUGGAUUCUCAAGACUGAUUACUUGACAGCAAGUAAUGAGGCAGGGAAGUUCCUGGAUGAAGAAUCCUUUGAGUGGCACAGGAAAGGCCUUACUGAAGAUGGGGCUAUCAGUUUGGAAGCUCCACGAAAAUGGCGUCUAUUGAGGGAACAAACUGGUCAUGGUGCCUUUUAUGGAAUGCGCAUCAUUGUUUAUGGAGACUGCAUUGCCCCAACUCUGGAUACAUUAAAGCGAGUAGUGAAAGCUGGUGACGGAAUUAUACUGGCAACCUCCCCUCCAUACACUCGCUUUCUUAAUUCUGGUGUUGAUUAUGCCGUUGUAAGUCCAAGCAUGCCAAACACUGAUAUUUGGGUCCAAGAGAUCUUGCGGCAUGAGGUUCCAUGUGUAGUGGCAGAUUACUUAGUCGAAUACGUAUGCAAACCAGGGUACUCUCUCGAAAGGCAUGUGCUAUAUAAAACUCAUGCAUGGGCCGAGAAAUCCGUUGCAAAUCUAUUGAGGCUUUCUGAAGAAAUUGUUACUGAAACUUCACCAUCUCCGGACGAAAACAGUGGUGACAUUGACAUUGACAUUGAUGAUUUGUGUUGCACGGUGUGUGGGUUGCAAGACCGGGCAGAGGUGAUGUUAAUUUGUGGAGAUGAGAAUGGUACUGUAGGAUGUGGUAUUGGUACUCAUAUUGAUUGUUGUGACCCUCCCCUCAAUGCUAUUCCAGAGGAAGAUUGGUUCUGUCCCAAGUGUAGUAAUCGAGGAACCUCCAAUGUCACAGUGAAGAAUAAAAGAGUCAAAAAGAGUUCAUCAUCAAAAGCCAAGUGAUUACAGGGCCUUGCUGCUAUAACAUUGUACAUUAUUAUUCACCGAAAACUACCAUAAAGCUCAGCUUGAGUUUGAGGAUAUCAAGAAACUCGCAUGCAGCCUAAUCAGGUUUUUCAUCAGUUUCUUCUCAUGUUUUCAAUGUCUUCAGUACCAUAUUGAACAUUGCCAUGGCCAGACUCUCUUUACAACUUUUGUACUACAUGUGGUUCUCUUUCAACGUGGGGAAAGCUAUUCAUGGCCCAUGUUCA